AUACAAAGCUAUGAGGGUAAAAUAGAGAAGAGACCUUUACUAUAUGCGGAUCAUCCCUCCCGCGCCUAGCAUGUUGCGCUGAAGCGACUGUACUGAAGGGCACAAGCAGGGACCAAGCAGACGCCAAAAACUCCAUUUACGAAGAAUGGACGGUCAUGAUUCAGAAGAUCCAAAACAGAGCACAGCUGAUAUGACAGUUUUUGUACAAAACCUUCUUCAGCAGAUGCAAUCCAGGUUCCAGGCGAUGUCUGACUCCAUUGUUACGAAGAUUGAUGAGAUGGGAACACGCAUAAAUGAGUUGGAGCAGAGCAUCAAUGACCUGAGGGCAGAGAUGGGGGCAGAGGGUUCUCCAUCCCCUUUGGGAACAUCCAAGUCAAAACCAGAUGAAGCAAAGCCAGAUGAAGGUUCUGCAUGAAAUUAGUUGAAGUUUGUGAUUGAUAUGAAGAAUGAUUUGUAUGUUCUACCCUGUUUUUAUUGGCUGUGGGAUUUCUUUGGUUGAGAAACUGAUACUGCUUUUACGGGAUUAUGAGUUGCUUUGGUGCAUGUGUAGUUAAAAUUUUAGCCAUUUGAUCACAAAAGUAGGAUUGUAUGAUCCUUUUUCAUGAUGCUGAUUUUGCAAUUUGCAUUGGGAAAAUAGUUGUGGAA